GCGAAAGUUAUCCACAAUCAUUCUUCUAUCUCGCUUGGCAACGGCAAUCGACACACAAGACAGCCAGCCAGCAGCACAACAGCCAGCGAACCAACCAACCAACCAACCGAACAACAACCAGUUCCUCGCCUCUGCGCUCAUUCACAGCGUUUGCAGCCCCCCCUCUCAACGCACACAAGCACAUACACGCAGAGCAACUGCAGCCAUGAUUCCACCAUACCAGUCGCUUGUCAAGUAUGACAACCCCGUCCUCAUCUCCAAGACCACAGACAAGAAGACCACUCGGGGGCGGGCAAAGCGCACAGGCAGCUCCAGCGGGCCAUCACAGAGCAUGGCAGCAACCCUCACCUCCGGCGCCCCAGUUCCCACACCACCCCGCGGUGGAAAGCUUCCUCCCAUGGAGAAGAAGGCACAACAGCAAACUGAGGACAUCCUCAACGCCAUCCUUCCUCCAAGGGAGUUCACAGAGAAGGGCCAGCUGUGGGUGCAGCAGGUAUCGGCGAGCCCCGCCACCCGUCUUGAUGUCAUCAAUCUCCAGGAACAGCUCGACGCCAAGCUCCAGCAGCGACAGGCGCGGGAGACCGGUAUCUGCCCUGUCCGCCGCGAGCUCUACUCCCAAGUCUUUGACGAGUUGAUCCGGCACGUGACAAUCAACUGCGCCGAGCGCGGCCUCCUCCUCCUGCGCGUGCGUGACGAAAUCCGCAUGACGCUUGCAGCCUAUCAGACCCUCUAUGAAAGUUCUGUCGCCUUUGGCAUGCGCAAGGCCCUACAGGCCGAGGCAGGCAAGGCAGACCUCGAGGCAAAGGUGCGUGAUCUGGAGGCAGACAAGGCCAACCUCGAGGCAGAGGUGCAGAAGCUCAAGGCAAAAUGCGAGGAGAUUGAGCGACGGGAGACGGAGCGGCGACAGACGGAGCAGCGCAAGCACGAGGAAGAGAUCCAGGUCCUCAAGCGCACAAACCAGCAGCUCAGGACACAACUGGAAAGCAUCCUCGCGCCCGCCAAGAAGUGAUUGCUCCCCAGCUGCAACACCUUUAUCCUGUUUCUCACAGUACCACACAAAAACGCGCACUCGCGUCACACACACACACACAUUCACAGCGCCUUUUCUUUCCUACGUACAUGCAUUCUUUCUUGUUUUGGUUUUUGCACCUUUCUGUCACAUCAAAUCACGUUGUUUGUUGUUGUUUGUUGUUGUUUGUCUGUUGUUCUUGAAGGUUGGCAAUCCCAUCAAACCAAACAGAGAGCAA